AUGCUCUCCCGUUCUGCAAUUGCCCUACGUUUUACUCGUCCAGCCGUACGUGCUCUAUCCACCACCGCUACCCCCUCAGUAAGUCUUCCAGACUUGGCCUGGGACUUCUCUGCCCUAGAACCUUAUAUCAGUGGUCAAAUCAAUGAACUUCAUUACACUAAACACCACCAAACUUACGUUAGUGGUUUCAACACUGCAAAUGCUCAACGUCAAGAACUUCUCGAAGAAUUGAAUCGUGCCACUGGUGGUGGCGACCCUAAUGCUCCUACUCCACAACAUAUAGCACAAAAACUUGUUGGUCUCGAGCGUAACAUUCGUUUCCAUGGCGGUGGGUUCACCAACCAUUGUCAUUUCUGGAACAGUUUGACUCCAGCUUCCUUGGGAGGCGGUUCUUUAGAUCUCAAUUCUGAUCUAGGUCGUCAAGUCGUUGCACAAUUCGGUUCUCAAGAAGCUCUACAAAAACGUGUUAACGAACUACUGGCGUGGAUUCAAGGUUCAGGUUGGGUUUUUGUGACCAAAGAUGUCUCUGCAGGUAAACCUCGUAUCGGCCUUGUCACUACACAAAACCAAGACACGGUAGCACCAGGAACCACCAUUCUAUUAGCCAUCGAUGCUUGGGAACAUGCAUACUAUUUGCAAUAUCAAAACCGUAAAGCUGAAUACUUCUCUGCCAUCUGGCACGUGAUCAACUGGUCACAUGCACAGAAACAAUGGGAAAAAUAA